CCAAUAACAAACUAUGAUGUUUCUACUGAUUUUUCUACAUACUUAUCCCAGCAUCACUCUUUACUCUCUAGCAGUUUGAACUUUGAAGAAGGUGUUUUAAAUUUGUUGUUUAAUAAACUGCACACAUGCACGGAACUCCAUUCCUAACUAAGCCCAAAUGCCAGGAAUAUCCCCUAAUCCCUCGUUGCUUACUCAACUCAAAACCGAUCAAUCUAACUAAAACUCCCAAUAACUUCUUCCAUUGCAGGAAUAAUAACUUGACUAUUCCAAACUUUUGUUGCCAUUGUCAGAAUUCACCAUCUCAUAUUUCUGCUUCUGAGGCGGAACAACCUCCUAUGGCAUCUGUGGAUAAUCAAGAAGCUUCUUUACUGAAGUACGAAGUGUGGAAAGAUCAAUCUCUUUUUAAGUGGAGAAAGCGAGAUGCACAUGUACCUCUACGCUGUCAUGAUACAAUAGAAGGAUCUCUCAGAUAUUGGCUUGAAAGGAGCAAGGUGGAUUUAUCUGCAUCAAACUUGGCCAGUUGGGAUGACAAUGCUGUAGAUGCUGCGCUGAACUGCGCUUCUUCUUGGGUCAAAGACUUGCCUUUUGUGAAGUCUUUAUCCGGGCUUUGGAAGUUUCAGUUGGCUUCUGGUCCAAGUGCCGUCCCACUAAAUUUUUACCACAACGAUUUCCAUGACAAUGAUUGGGGAACUGUACCAGUUCCUUCAAAUUGGGAGAUGCACGGAUAUGGCCAGCCUAUCUAUACAAACACUGAGUAUCCAUUCCUAGUCGAUCCCCCCAAUGUUCCUGGAGAAAAUGCAACAGGCUGCUACAGGACAUACUUUGAUAUUCCUAAUAAAUGGAAAGGUCGAAGAAUAUUGUUGCACUUUGAAGCAGCUGAUUCUGCUUACCAUGUAUGGGUAAAUGGGUCUCCUGUUGGGUACAGUCAGGAUAGUCGACUUCCUGCGGAGUUUGAAAUCACGGAAUAUAUUAAUCCAUGUGAUUCAGAAGAGAAAAAUGUCUUAGCGGUUCAAGUCUUCAGAUGGAGUGAUGGUUCUUACCUUGAAGAUCAAGAUCACUGGUGGUUAUCUGGUAUUCAUCGUGAUGUGCUGCUUCUAGCAAAACCUCAGGUUUUUAUUGCAGAUUAUUCAUUUAGAUCAAACAUGGAUGGUAGUCUCUCUCAUGCAGACUUGGAAGUUGAGGUGAAAGUAGACACACCACAAGCAAUGCCUAGAGACUGCAUCCUUACUAAUUUUACUCUAGAAGCAGGGGUUUAUGACAUUGGAAAGUGGCUUGGAAAUGAUGAACCAGUUGAUCUCCUUGCAUCCGUGGUGACACAGAUGGAACUUAUACCACCUCCAAGUUUCAGGUUUAACGGAUAUCAUUUUAAAGGAAAGAUAGACAGUCCUAAGCUUUGGUCUGCUGAGCAGCCAAAUCUGUACGCGCUGGUUGUGAUCUUGAAAGAUGCAUCUGGAAAUGUGGUUGACUGUGAAUCGUGCCAAGUAGGUAUUAGGCAAAUAGAAACAGCUUACAAGCAGUUACUGGUCAAUGGACACCCUGUUAUGAUUAGAGGCGUAAACCGACAUGAGCACCAUCCACGUCUUGGAAAGACAAAUUUGGAGUAUUGCAUGGUUAAGGACUUGGUACUGAUGAAGCAGUAUAAUAUCAAUGCUGUAAGGAACAGCCACUACCCCAACCAUCCUCGAUGGUAUGAGUUAUGUGAUCUGUUUGGCAUGUACAUGAUAGAUGAAGCAAACAUUGAGACACAUGGUUUUGAUCAUUCUGGUCCUUUUAAGCAUCCUACAAUGGAACCCACCUGGACUGCUGCUAUGCUUGAUCGUGUUACAGGCAUGGUUGAAAGGGACAAAAACCACGCAUGCAUUAUCUCUUGGUCCUUGGGUAAUGAGGCUGGAUAUGGACCAAAUCAUUCUGCUUUAGCUGGUUGGAUCAGAGGAAGAGAUCCAUCUAGGGUAAUACAUUAUGAAGGAGGUGGAUCCAGAACCUCAUCUACUGAUAUUGUUUGUCCCAUGUACAUGCGUGUUUGGGACAUUGUAAAGAUUGCCAAUGAUCCAAAUGAAGCAAGGCCUCUCAUAUUAUGCGAGUAUUCACACGCAAUGGGAAACAGCAACGGGAAUAUAGAUGAGUACUGGGAAGCUAUUGACAAUACGUUUGGACUUCAGGGAGGCUUCAUAUGGGAUUGGGUUGAUCAGGGACUACUGAAGGAAGGUGCAGAUGGCAAGAAGCACUGGGCCUAUGGUGGUGAUUUUGGCGAUACUCCCAAUGAUCUGAACUUCUGUAUUAAUGGACUUGUGUGGCCUGAUAGAACUCCUCACCCUGCACUGCAUGAAGUGAAAUACCUUUAUCAGCCAGUCAAGAUUUCACUCGAGAAAGGAUUACUCAAGAUAACAAACGCUCAUUUUUAUGAAACUACGCAAGGAUCGGAAUUCCACUGGGUCAUUCUUGGGGAUGGAUCUGAAUUAGGAUCUGGGGUACUGUCUCUGCCACAAAUUGAGCCCCAGAGUAGCUACACUAUGGAAUGGAAAUCUGGUCCAUGGUACACAGCUUGGACUUCAUGUACUUCUGAGGAAAUUUUCUUGACAGUAACUAUGAAGCUUCUCCACUCCACUCGCUGGGUGGAAGCUGGUCAUGUGAUUUCAUCAACCCAAAUGCAGUUGCCUUCCAACAGAAAAUUUGGUCCUCAUGUUAUCAAACCUAAGGAUCCUGUCCUUCGCACCGAGAAUCAUGGAGACACAAUCAAAAUUUUCCAGCAGGAUGCCAGUGAGAUUGUGUUUAAUACGCAGACUGGAUCUAUUGAGAGUUGGAGGGUUCAAGGAGUUUCUGUGAUGAACAGAGGCAUAGUUCCAUGCUUCUGGAGAGCUCCUACAGAUAAUGACAAAGGCGGUGGUGCAGAUAGUUACUUAUCUAAGUGGAAAGCUGCUUUCCUUGACGACAUAGCUUUCAUCACCAAUAGCUGUUCAGUUCAGAAUAAUACAGGUUUUGUGGAAAUAGCUGUUGUCGUUCUAGGGAUCCCAAGAUCUAAAAACAUUGCUGAACCAAACGAAACAGAUAUUACUUUUACAGUUAAUUUAACUUAUAUAAUCUAUGGUUCUGGGGACAUUAUAAUUGAGACUAGUGUCAAACUGCAGUCUGAUCUUCCACCUUUGCCUCGGAUUGGAAUUGAGUUCCAUUUGGACAAAGAAGUGGAUAGAGUUAAAUGGUAUGGAAAGGGGCCGUUUGAGUGUUAUUCUGAUAGAAAAGCAGCUGCCCAGGUAGCAAUUCAUGAAAAAACUGUUGGUGAGAUGCAUGUUCCUUACAUAGUUCCUGGUGAAUGUGGUGGGAGGGCAGAUGUUAGGUGGUUGACAUUGCAAAACAAGGAUGGUGUCGGGAUUUAUGCUUCCAUAUAUGAUAGUUCCCCAACAAUGCAAAUGAGUACCAGCUACUUCACAACAACUGAGCUAGAUCGGGCUACUCAUAAUGAAAACCUUGUUGAAGGAGAGGACAUUGAGGUACAUCUUGAUCACAAGCAUAUGGGUUUAGGAGGAGAUGAUAGCUGGACGCCGUGUGUUCACGAUAAGUAUUUGAUCCCUCCUGUGCCUUAUGCAUUUUCUAUCAGAUUAUGUCCCGUCACUGCUGCAAAUUCAGGAGACAUUAUAUACAAAAACCAGCAACAAUGCUGACAGCAACAGUUUGGAUCUGAACUCCUCUACGAUAUUUCAAAAUAACAAGGCCUGGAAAGAAACAUGGAUGUGUAGCCUGGCAUUGGAUUGAAAUGCAUAUAUGCUUCCCUGUUCGAACAAUGAAUAACUGAAAGCCCCAGCGAUCUAUGAACAAGCCUGUGUUUGACUAGCCAAGCACGACCCUGCAUUGAUUUUUGGAGGAUUAUAUUAUGGAGAUACUUAUUGUUGGACUAGCUGAGUUCGUCUCACUUAAAAACUGGUUCUCUUUCCUCCCAAUUGUGCAAAGUGAUUGUAUUCCGUUAGGCUACGUAUAUGUAUGCAACUUUGACAUGCAUUUAGAGAAUUAGAGGCUAUAAGAUGUCCUAUAACAUUAGUAAGUUUAGCCAAAGAUCUGUUAUCUCUGCCACCUUCAAUGCAGCAUUUUUAACUAGUUUUUUUCACAACAAAAACACUAAGUAGCAACUUCCUUGGAACAAAAAUGCCACUAGAGGUAACAAUUUCUCAGGUGAAGUUGCUACCACAUUUAGCUAUUUGCCUUGCAGUAUAUUAUUGUUAGAUGAGAUUUGACAUUUCUGCA